UCGCAGACUCCAGCCAGUUCAAACACUCAUCAUGUACACGGAACUUUUCCGACAGUGAAAGUGCCAAGUCGGACCCCAAGGCGGGGGGGCUCCACGACGAUGGCUUCACCGACUGAAAUACCAAAUAUUCUGCGGAUGCGGAGAUUUCCCGUUCUUCCUCUGUCACUUCUCAGAAGAGACUGCACUGCCACCACUGCUGAUGGCCAAGUCGGACACGUGCGAUGCUCCAUAGAUGGAUGUCAUGCCAUGUCCCAGCCCGUAAUAUGCAUAUUCUGGGGAAGGAGACCCUUGGGGCACGUUGAUCUGGAGUAAAACCGGGGCUGGACACGGAGAAGCUCCAGGUGCUGUCACUUGAACAAGGUCUAUAAAGGGGAAUCCCUGACCGCAGAGAAAAAAGACGUGCUCUUCACCCAUCGCAGCAGUUUUCGAAAAGAUGCCUGCUACAGAUACCAAAGCAACGUUUAACGAUGGAGAGCCCAAGGCAGCCCUUGAAGCCCUGGAGGAUGUAUCAGAGGCAGACCGGCUGCUGGUCCAUUUCCCAAUUCUCCAGGACAAGUCGCCGGAGGAGUUGGAGAGGUUGAACAAGGCGGUCCUUCGCAAGCUGGACUGGUAUUUCCUUCCCUGCGUGACGAUGAUGCUCUUGAUGAGCUACCUUGACCGCAUUAACGUCUCGAAUGCCCGUCUUGCCGGCAUGCAGGAGGACCUGAAUAUGUCAGAUACGACCUGGUCUGCUGGAAUAUCUCUGUUUUAUGUUGGCUACAUUAUCUCGCAAGUACCAGCCAAUGUGAUCAUCGCCAAAGGCAAACCAAGCAUCCUGAUGCCCUCGAUUAUGCUGGCCUGGUCUGCAGUGACCAUAUGUAUGCCUGCACUCACAACAGGCUGGGGCUUCUGCCUCUGCCGGUUCUUGGUUGGAUUCACAGAGGGCCCAUUUGUCCCUGCAGUUUCUCUCCUCACGUCUUCGUGGUAUACAAAGAAGGAGUCGCCUCUCCGCAUGGGGAUCUGGCAUGCAGGGAACAUCAUCUCUAAUGUGUUCUCCGGGCUUCUCGCGGCAGCAAUCCUCACAAACAUGGACGGAAUCGCGAAGCUCCAUGCAUGGCAGUGGUUCAUCCUCCUUGAAGGCAUCGUGAGUAUCAUCGUUGCCCUGCUCGGUUAUCGUUUCCUGCCCAACUUCCCCGACAACACCAGCCGAAGAUGGUUCUCUGAAGAAGAGGCGGCGAUGGCCCAGUAUCGACAGGCUGUCUCUGCCGGUGGAGUCCUCGAAGGAGGAGAGGGAGAGGGGGAUUAUUGGGGUGGAGUGAUUCUUGCAGCCAAGGAUCCGUUUACCUGGCUGUUCUCGGCGAUUCACUUUUCAUUGAUCAUUGCCCAGUCUUUCAAGGACUUCUUUCCAUCGAUCGUCGAGACGCUUGGGUUCAGCGAGGUGGUGACAUAUCUCGUCCAGGCUCCGCCAUAUGUUAUUGCUUAUUUCGCCACGCUCGCCAUAUCCUGGUCGUCAGGGAGGUUCGGCGAGCACUGUUUCCAUAUCAUAGUGCCUAUUCUGGUCGCACUGGCCGGUUCGGUCCUCAUGAUCUCAACUCUGAACUUGGGAGCUCGGUAUUUCAGUCUAAUCUUGCUCUGCACUGGACCGUUUGUAGGACUGAACAUACAAAUUUCCUGGGAAACCACAGUCGUUCCACGGCCGCGAACAAAGAGAGCUGCGCUGGUUGCCAUAGCCAACUGUGUCUCUUCCGUCUCGCACUGGUUUACGCCGUACUUCUUCCUUAGAUCUCAGGAACCGCGAUAUCAGACCGGCGGUGGGAUCAUCAUUGCCGGGUGUGGAUUGUCGGCAAUAUUUUGUCUUGCAGCCCGGUGGUGGUGCACUAGAAAGAACAAGCAGUUGGACGAAGCUGAGGCAGCCAGUGGAAACGUGUCUGAAUGGAGAUAUGUUACUUGAUAGAGGUGUUGGAAUGACGAACGAUUCGUGUGGAUAUGAACCAACAAUGUAAAUGGGUUAAGCUGAUGCACGAC